AUGUAUAUCAUCGCAGCGAUCACACUUCUUGCAGAGGAGAUCUAUUUCCUGUACCGUCACAAGACACCACCCAGUUACAAGAGGAGGUUGAUAAUCAUCGGGAUUGUCUGGGCUUGCAUCUCAGCUGCAGCGAUCGUUGUCACUGUGGAUGCCGCCCGUAGUCCCGGCCUUAUCCAAGACUUUUCUGCCGAAUCAGAUUCUUACACGACCGGGAUCUCUUUACUCGCAUUGUCGUGGCUGGCCUUCUUGUUGACUAGCAUGCUUGCUAUGCUCACAUUCGUGAAUGGUCUUUUGGUUAUGCCGGUCAAUGCUCUGCCUGAUGGCUCAUACACUGGCGCCAAUCCUCGGCACAAGGUCGUAUUCCAUAAGGACAUGAAACCCUUGAAGGUCAUCGAGCUUUCACAAGGUCGAGACGAAGCUGCCCUGGGCUACGGCAAUAAUCAAUACGUACAACCCCCUCAGCCUGUUCAUACCGCUUGGGCCGAACGCUACCCGGGGCAAAUCAAGACAACUUACAACCACUGGCCUGGUGAUUUUGCUUGA